AUGGUGGUUGCUGAAGUCGCUUCGCCCGCGGUGGCGGCCUCGACCAUACUCAGCUCUUUGCUGACUCACCCUUUGCACCGCGUCCGCGCUUUGAUGGCCGUCAGCGGGGAGCUACACGCUCAGAACAAGGCCGACAUCUUGGCUGUGUGCAGUCCAUCCGCCUGCGCCCAAUGGCAAUUCAAACAGGGUGGUGUUGAGAGCAUAUGGCAUGGUGCCCUCGACUCAAUAGCCCUUGGCCUCGUUCCCAGCUUGCUGCUUCGGCCGAUCAUCGAGAGUCUAUGCAUGCCGGCCGCCGACGCCUCGCCUGCGACCCGCAUUGGCCUUGCGCUCGCGCAGAGUCUGCUUCACCUCUCUCUCACCUACCCCCUGAGCCUCUGUGCUCUCAAGACUACCCAGGAUGUGCCCGUGAAUGGUCACUAUCGCUACACUAGUGGGUUUCAUGCUUUACGCGAAGCCUUCUCCGCGGGUGUUGAAUCAGCUGUGCCACGUCUGUACCGUGGCCUCGGCCUCUCAGUGGCCGGCGUGCUUGUCUAUCGCCUGUCCUAUGCUGGCAUGCUUUCGCUCAUGCCCUCUCGGAUCGGACCGGCCAACACCUUCCUGACCGCCAUCGCAGCUGGCAUGCUCGCCUACCCCCUGGACGUCUUACGCCGACGUUACAUCGCGCUUGAUCCCGUUGAUAUGCGAUCAAGCUGGCAAUAUGCACGCGACAUGAUCCGUUCAGAAGGCUUUCAAGCCUUUUAUUUUGGCAACAUGAUGGCCAUGGUCGAGAACCUGUCGAAUCGGAUCGCGCUUAUGCAAAUCUACCCGCUCGUUGCCCGCACCCGGACUUUUGGUGGCCUGAGCUCUUGA